GAUGUCAUAGUCACAUGAUCGACCGUGUGCUCUCGGAACGGGCGCACGGGGAGCAGCCCGCCGCCGCCGCUGCCGCCGAAGAGCCACUUGUCGACAGGUCAAAAAGUGCGGACCCGGCGUGAGCUGCCGCGCGCCGCCAUGGCCAACAUCACGAAGAAAGUGUCGUGGUCGAGUCGCGGGGACGAGCCGGCUCCAGCAGGGGAGGGGACGCCGCUGCUGAACGGCGCCGGAGGAGCGGCGAGAUCAUACAGUCGACAGUUUUCCGGGAGCGGCAUAUUUCAGAUUGGGAGGCUGAGCACAGUGGACCUGGAAGAAGACCCCGCUCCAGAGGAGGAGUCAGCCAUUAGUCGACCAAAGGAAAUCCCUCACAACGAGAAGCUUCUUUCACUCAAGUAUGAGAGCCUCGAUUAUGACAACAGCGAAAAUCAGCUGUUCCUCGAGGAGGAGAGGCGCAUGAGCUACAUGGGCUUCAGAUGCCUGGAGAUCAGCCGCUGGGUGGUGUGUGCGCUCAUUGGCAUCCUCACAGGCCUCAUUGCUUGCUUCAUCGACAUUGUGGUAGAGAACCUCGCUGGACUCAAGUACAAAGUCAUCAAGGAGAAUAUCGAGAAGUUCACCGAAGCGGGAGGUCUCUCCAUCUCGCUCAUCUUGUGGGCAUUCCUGAACUCCGUUAUUGUCAUGAUGGGUGCUAUCAUAGUGGCUUUCUUUGAGCCCAUUGCAGCCGGCAGUGGAAUCCCCCAGAUCAAGUGCUACCUGAAUGGAGUGAAAAUACCCCGUGUGGUCCGCCUUAAGACCCUCGUGGUAAAGGUGUGUGGUGUGAUCUGCUCGGUGGCAGGUGGCCUGGCUGUAGGAAAGGAAGGACCCAUGAUCCACUCGGGGGCCGUGGUGGCUGCCGGCGUCUCGCAGGGAAGGAGCACCUCUCUGAAGAAGGACUUCAAGAUUUUUGAGUAUUUCCGGCGGGACACAGAGAAGAGGGAUUUUGUGUCAGCAGGAGCAGCUGCCGGAGUGUCCGCUGCCUUCGGAGCUCCUGUUGGUGGUGUCCUCUUCAGCUUGGAAGAGGGAGCAUCCUUCUGGAACCAGAUGCUGACGUGGAGAAUAUUCUUCGCAUCCAUGAUCUCGACCUUCACGCUGAACUUCUUCCUGAGCAUCUAUCACAAUAAGACUGGAGAACUUUCUAACCCUGGUCUCAUCAACUUUGGACGCUUCGACAGUGAUAGUGUGGAGUACAACCUGUACGAGAUCCCCCUCUUCAUAUGCAUGGGAGCGCUGGGUGGCCUUCUUGGAGCCUUGUUUAAUGUGCUCAACUACUGGCUCACCAUCUUCAGGAUCAGGUAUAUUCACCGGCCCUGCUUACAGGUGAUGGAAGCCAUGCUGGUUGCUGCAGUGACCGCCACAGUCUCCUUUGCCAUGAUCUACUUUUCCGAUGACUGCCAGCCCCUUGGUGAAGAUCAGGCAGAAAACUAUCCCCUGCAGCUGUUCUGUGCAGAUGGCGAGUACAACUCGAUGGCCACAGCAUUUUUCAACACACCAGAGCGCAGUGUCCGCAGCCUGUUCCACAACCCCCCAGGCUCCUACAACCCCCCGACACUGGGAGUGUUCACACUCACUUACUUCUUCCUGGCGUGCUGGACAUAUGGGCUGACCGUGUCCGCUGGGGUCUUUAUUCCCUCGCUUCUGAUUGGCGCCGCCUGGGGGCGACUCUUUGGCAUUAUGCUUGCGCACAUCACCCCGUAUGGCUCUAUUUGGGCAGAUCCUGGCAAGUAUGCCUUGAUUGGAGCGGCUGCUCAGCUUGGCGGAAUUGUCCGGAUGACCCUCAGCCUGACCGUCAUCCUGGUUGAAGCCACAGGCAAUGUCACCUAUGGAUUUCCCAUUAUGCUGGUGCUGAUGACAGCCAAGAUUGUGGGCGACUACUUUGUGGAGGGCCUGUAUGAUAUCCACAUCAAGUUGCAGAGUGUGCCCUUCCUGCACUGGGAGGCCCCAGCUACAUCCCACGCACUCACUGCCAGGGAGGUGAUGAGCUCUCCAGUAACGUGCUUCAACAGGGUCGAGAAGGUGGGCACUAUCGUGGAUGUUCUCAGCAACACCUCUACCAAUCACAACGGCUUCCCAGUGGUCACUAGGGUGAUGGAUGACGAUGAGCCUGGCAAAAUCUGCGGAUUAAUCCUGCGCUCUCAGCUUAUUGUGCUCCUGAAACAUAAGGUGUUUGUCGAGAGGACCCGAUCUCGUCUCAACCAGCGCAAGUUGCAGCUAAAGGACUUCCGCGAUGCGUACCCCCGCUUCCCCCCAAUCCAGUCAAUCCAUGUGUCCCAGGAUGAGCGCGAGUGCAUGAUGGACCUGACUGAGUUCAUGAACCCUACGCCCUACACCGUCACUCAGGAGACAUCUCUUCCGCGGGUCUUUAAGCUGUUCCGCGCUCUGGGUCUACGACACCUCGUUGUGGUGGACAGUGAGAACAGGGUGGUGGGUCUCGUGACGAGAAAGGACCUGGCCCGGUACCACCUGGGCAAGCACGGCCUGGAGGAGCUGCAGCUGGCUCAGACGUGACACGUUGCUGCACAGGCCACAGACCUUUCUGGUCACCCACUGCCCCACCACGGAUGGUGUGCCACCCUCCUGGCACCGUUUCUGUGUUAUGAAAGGCACCAAACGACUGAGAAAUCAACCGCAGCCUCCUCCCUCAGCAUUAUCUUGGGUCUGUUCUUUUGAAGCUAGCAUCACCCCCCUGUUUUGUAGGUCCUGCCCCUUUGUUUUUGCACAUAGUUAGUCAUUUUAAUUCACACUGGUUCGUGUGUUAGUGUAUUAAACUGUGACUGUGUGUGCAUGAUUGUGCGAGUUUCACAAAUUACACGUGAGCUCUCUUCCCGUGCAAAAACUUCAUUAGAGGGAAGAAACGGGUCAAUGAGGGUAGCGCGAGCCCCGGCCAAUCAAGGUUUCCAUGGAAGCGCGCCGUCGAUGUUUUCAAGCAACAUAUUAAUAAUCCGUGAGCUGAGAGUUGGAUUUUGGAAACGGCUGAUCUCAAAAGUGCUGCUCUGCCGUUGUUCCUUCAGCUCUUUCCAAAGUCCACCUUGUUGGUUCUUGGCAACACUAGCACUCCCUGCUGGUCUGACCUGAUGUAAAAUGUUAAAUGCGAUUAUUUGUCAUGUGUUCCUGUGUAUCAAGAUGCGCACUUGUGACGUCUCGUUUCAGUUCUCCAUUACUGGGGUACUGGUAUCAGUGCAGCAGGAAGUGUCUGUGUCUGUCACUCCUUCCUCUGUCACUGAGUGUGUGUUGUGAGGCUUAUUCAGCCCUUCAAAAUGGGUCACUGACUUUUGUUAAUUUUCAUGUUCAUGUGCAUUUCAUAUCCUGACUGUUUUUACUCUCAAGUAGCACUUUCUUAUCAAUUAUAUAUUUAAUACAGAUAAAACAUUAUUGAUUAGCUGCUGUAUUGUAAUAUCUCUGUGUCAUUUGGUUACAUUUGUCAUGUUUGGUACCACAUACUUCCCAUCCCCCCUCGCUUGUGUAAACAUCACACCCCAACUUGUACACAGAGAGGUUUGCUUUAGGUGCUCGCACACAAAUAUGAAUAUUUGUCAGCAAAAGACCUUCUCUCAGCUAAAGCAAUGCAACCUGUGGAGCGUGUUCACAUCUUGGCUCAAAAUGUGAAAGGCCUUUCUAUCAACCAGUGAGGUUGAUCCUUCAUAACUCUAGUGAUUCUUAGUUCUUGAAUAUAUACAUACAUAUGUAUGUGUGUAUGAAUAUAACUUUAUUUUUUGCUCUUUUGCAUACUGAGCUGUGAUGCUCCAGGACAUGUUGUGUGAAUCUCACCUCCCAGACCUUGCCCAUCCUGGCUGUCUGUGGUAACAGCAGUUUCAAAGUGCUAAGUGUUAACCUGUUUACACUGCUGGUGCCUUCUAUUGAACUGAACCAUUAUAGUGUGUAGAACCUGAUAAUUAGGUGUCCUCAAGUUUAUCACAAUGUAGAACCUUAUAUGCACUGGAAGUUGAUUUCAUUGUUUAAUUUUGCACACUGGCAAAAUAAAGGUGAGAGUAGCGAUAACUGACUUCAUGUAAUAUGUUGAAAUGAUUUGUGUAAAAUUAAGAGCAAGUUUUAAUAGUGUCACAUAUAAAAUAUUUCAUUUUAAAUUUAUGUUCCACAUUAAAUUAGUUUUUAUGUUAUCAUGCACUGUGAUUAAGAACGUCUGGCAUUGAGGAAGAAUCGCUGUCAAGGAUACACUUAUGACAGUUGGCUGUUAAGCAUUUAACAGAGUAUUGGACAUUAUUUUAACUGUUACCGGUCUUACAUUUCUUCCAUGAUUUUUUUUUUUUUGGGUUAAAUAAAGUUUGAUUUCUGCUGUUUGCCAUUAUGCCACUUUAUUGAAAAGGUAUUUGUGUGAAUUGCCAAGUUGUGUGUUUUGUUGUUGGUUGAAAUUUUUUCACGUUAGUUAUGCAGAUUUCCUGACAAUUUUACAAUCUGUCACCUGUAUAAAUGCAGAAUGGCAGAAUGUACAUCUGCAAGUUUUUUUAUUCUUUUGGAUUUUAUCAUUCAUUGAAUUAAAGCCUUCUGAAGAAAUAUUUUUGUGACUAAUAAAGUUAAGUUGAUCACAAA